UGAUUAUCCCGGGGCCUGCCUGCCUUGCCUCCCCUCCCCUCCCCUCCGCUGCCCUUCUUCCCCCCCUCCCCACUCCUCCUAGUCCCGCCGGCUCGGGAGGCGGGUGUCGCUCGGUGGGUCGGUGGGGCGGUCGGAUCGCGGGCUGCAGGCGGAGGUGGAGGUGGCGGGGGUCGGGGAGGGGGCUCGACCGAGACCCAUGGCUCGACCGCGGCCCAGAGACUACAAGGCUGGUGACCUGGUCUUCGCCAAGAUGAAGGGGUACCCGCACUGGCCGGCCCGGAUCGACGAGCUGCCGGAGGGAGCUGUGAAACCUCCAUCAAAUAAAUAUCCUAUUUUCUUCUUUGGAACUCAUGAGACUGCCUUUCUGGGACCAAAAGACCUUUUACCAUACCAAGAAUAUAAAGAAAAAUUUGGGAAGUCUAACAAGCGAAAAGGUUUCAACGAAGGUCUGUGGGAGAUUGAAAACAACCCUGGUGUCAAGUUCACAGGAUAUCAGGCGAUGCAACAGCAGAGCUCUUCGGAGACGGAAGGGGAAGGGGGGAACACCGCAGAUGCCAGCAGUGAUGGUGAAGGGGCAGAGAUAAUGGAUGAGGAAGGGAAGGCCAAGAGCAAAAAUGAAAAAGCAGGCUCCAAACGGAAAAAAGCUGCUCUUAAGAAGUCAGUGAAGCAGCUUCGGAAGUCGGCUGAGCAAGAGGGAAAAGACGAGGGUGACCAGGACGUGAAGGAGGAAGAGGACAAGAGUGGCUCGGAAACAGGGGAAGCGGAUGGGGAUGCAAAGAAUGCUGCUGAAUACCAGCAGAUGAACGAAGAGACUUCGAUCAUCUGAAUUCAGACCACUAAUGUCGGAGGAGCAGGAGAUAGCUGUCCAAGCUUGGACAUUUUACAUAUGAUCAUUCCUUUUGUCAAAGUUGGCAUCAGCAGUCUGUGCAGCUUCCCAUCAUUGUGCUACCAACUAUACUUUUGCUCACAUGCCCAUCAGUAAACCACAACGAAAAAAAAUCAUGUAUUUUAUAUUCUCCCUCUUUCUGGAUUGUUCUGAGCAGAAUCCCAUCCACCCUUUACUGUACUUCAUUCUUAUAAAUGCCUCGCUGUUCUGUUACUGAGAGAGGAUACAAUAUUUAUUUUUGAUGCUUGCUUUAAAUGUGAAAAAUAAACUUUCUUUUCUUGUACUCAGCUUAGUUUUAUUCUUGUGUGUGCCAUCUGUCUUACGGGAUUUUUUAAGCAUUUAUUUAGUAUCUUUACACAAAAAUGUCUGUUCUACUGCUGUUCAGAAAUGACUGUCUGGUAGAAUAAAAUUAAUGGAAUACA